AUGGCGUGGCCGAGCCUCGAAGAUCCGAUGGCGCAGCUGAUGGCGAAAAUCGAGGAAGGAAAUCGAGGGAUUCAUCGGUGUAUGGACUCGAUGCAGUCUGCUAUGGAGAAGAUGGAGAUCACGCUCAAGGUGGAAGAUGUGGUGACCGAGUUCAUCAAUGGGUUGGUGGAUAUUUACCCAGAUCUGCAGUACCUCGAAGAGUUCCCUCAGAUUAAGGUCGUUCAUCGUGUUGAGGUCGAGCACAGUUCCUAUGACAAAGUUGCAGUCAUCUCAGGUGGUCAAAGUGGCCAUGAACCUGCCCAUGCUGGAUUUGUUGGUCCUGGAAUGCUGACCGCUGCUGUCUCUAGAGAGGUCUUCACUUCUCUACCUGUUGAUUCUAUUUUAGCCAUUGUUCGAGCUGUAACUGGUUCCAAGGGGUGCUACACAGAUGCAAAGAUGUCUCUCGACGAGGGUUUUAAGCAGGCAAAAUCUGAAGGCUAUAAUAUGGAGAUGGUCGUUGCUGGAGCUGGUUGUGCUUUUUCCCCACCUAGAGGAAUAGCAGGUAGAAGAGGUUCAGCUAGAACAGUUAUUGUGCAUAAAGUUGCUGAAGAAGCAAAACCUGCAUCUGAAGUUGACGUUACGAUGGGAGUUGCACUUUCUGUUUGCACAUUGCCAAAGCAAGUUACUUCUGGGAGUUUGGGUCAAAGGCAACUGGAGCUUGGCCUUAGAAUCCAUGGAGAACUUGGUGUUGCUGUUGUUGAACUCCAGUCAGUUGAUAUAGUAGCAGAACAUGUUCUUAAGCAGAUAGUGUCACGAGAAACUCAGUAUCUUCCUAACACAAGGGGUUGCAAUGAUGUUCUCCUAGUGAAUGGAUUAGGCGCCACUCCUAUCAUGGAACUUAUGAUUGCAGCAUUUCCUGAGUUGCAAUUGGUGUAUGACAUUGCUAUUGACAGGGUCUACAUUGGCACAUUAUUGACAUCACUGGAUAUGGCAGGAUUAUCCAUUACCGUUAUGAAGUCUGACCAAAGUAUUUUGAGGAGACUUGAUGUUCUCACUAAAGCUCUAGCUUGGCCUGUUGGUUAUGAAGGAACUCGUCCACCAGCAAAGCUUCAUGUUCCUCUAGCACCAUCACCAUCAAUGAAGGAUGACGAGAUUCUUGCUCCAUCUCAAGAGCUGAGCAAGCAGUUCCUGAUGUUUCAUAUGCACCAGCAAAGUUUUCCAUGUGCACCAACUUGGGGACAAGUUGGAUCUCUAGGAGGGGGAAAUGUCAGCAGCUCUAGGUGCUAUACAAAAGUUAAGGAUGGUAGCUCCGGAUGUUCUACGAAAGCCAAGCCAUGCAAGACGAGGAGAAGCAGGCUUCUGAAGCUGUUGAAGGAGGGAAGCUGA